AUGGCCACAAUCCUCAUGUCGCAUCAAUCAAUCAUCGGAUCUAGCCCAAGCCUGGCGUACGACCCGUACUUUGCCUCGUCCUCCUCCGGCUCGUCGUCCUCAUCCGCAUCCUCGUGCUACUACGCCUCGUCGUCCUCUUCACCGUCUACAACGCCUCCUCCUCCUCCCGCGGCAGCAGCAGCAGCAGCAGUUGCGCUACAGGCAGCUUCGAUCAUGUGCGGCUCGAGCCACCCGCAAGACUCGCUCCCCUUUGUUGUUCUGGUGGUGGAUGACAAUCCGAUCAACCGCAAGGUGUUGACGAUUCCGCUUCGCAAGCAGGGCAUCAGCGUAGUCGAGGCCGAAAACGGCCUGGAAGCGGUGCGACGCUAUGCCGAGGUGCGACCGGCCCUGGUGCUGAUGGAUAUCUCGAUGCCCAUCAUGGACGGGUUUGAGGCGACGCGCCAGAUCCGCAUGCAUGAGGCGGCGCAGUCGGCCAACCCGCCCGAUGUCGAAGGCCACGGUGCGCUGGACGAGGUGAUCAGCAUGAUGCUGACGCACCAGAGGGCGAGGAUUGUUGCCGCCACAACGCACUCGGCGGAUCGCGACUUUGACGAGGGCAAGCAGGCCGGCAUGGAUGACUGGCUGCUCAAACCCAUCCGUCCCAGUGUGCUGGUCCAGGACAUCUUGGAAUACAGAAGGAACCACUUGCAAGAGUUUGCUGCGACUCUGGGCGCACUCGGAGUAGCCGAGGUUGGGGUGACGGCGACCGAAACGGCCAUCGACAUGGUCAUGGAACAGGCCGCGACUCCGACAGCGACAGCGGCAGCGACGAUUGCGUCGUGA